AUGGUAACAGGUUGCAGAAUCAGAGCGGAGCUGGAGGGGCCAGGGAUGAGCGGAGGGGUGGUAACGGAGGAAUCGGGCCUGGGUGGGAAGAGAGAGUUGCAGGGUCUUUGGGAGGAUCCGCCAAAACUCGCUCGGACCUCUAUAGCCUCCGCCAGCCCCAUCACCCCCCUUUCCGUCACUCCCCUUUCCGUCACUCCCCUUUCCGUCACCCCCCUUUCCGUCACCCCCCUUUCCGUCACUCCCCUUUCCGUCACCCCCCUUUCCGUCACCCCCCUUUCCGUCACUCCCCUUUCCGUCACCCCCCUUUCCGUCACUCCCCUUUCCGUCACCCCCCUUUCCGUCACUCCCCUUUCCGUCACCCCCCUUUCCGUCACUCCCCUUUCCGUCACCCCCCUUUCCGUCACUCCCCUUUCCGUCACCCCCCUUUCCGUCACUCCCCUUUCCGUCACCCCCCUUUCCGUCACUCCCCUUUCCGUCACCCCUUUCCGUCACCCCCCUUUCCGUCACUCCCCUUUCCGUCACCCCCUUUCCGUCACUCCCCUUUCCGUCACCCCCCUUUCCGUCACUCCCCUUUCCGUCACUCCCCUUUCCGUCACCCCCCUUUCCGUCACUCCCCUUUCCGUCACUCCCCUUUCCGUCACCCCCCUUUCCGUCACUCCCCUUUCCGUCACCCCCCUUUCCGUCACUCCCCUUUCCGUCACUCCCCUUUCCGUCACUCCCCUUUCCGUCACUCCCUCUCCGUCACUCCCUCUUCCUUUAUUCCCCCUUCCGUCACUCCCCCUUCCGUCACUCCCCCUCCGUCAUUCCCCCUUCCGUCACUCCCAUUCGUCACUCCCAUUUCCGUCACUCCCAUUUCCGUCACUCCCCCUCCCUUCAACCCCCUUCUUCCACCGCCCCUCAACCCUCCUCCACCAAUCCCGCAACCAUGAUAGCAGCAACGGCAACCGUUUUGGCGAUAAUAAACCAUCGGCCUCGUCCCACGUGGACGUCCGCGUCGCGGUCUCUCCCGAGGAGCCUCUCCGAUCGGUCUUCACCCGCCUGUUCCAGUUGCACCUGCCCGAUUGCUGCCUGCCGUGCGAUGCACGUCAGGCGCCGCCGCGGCUGCGAUUGGCGGAAACCAAGGACGAGUCUCUAUGCGAUGCACCCCAGGCACCGCCAGGAACCGAGGCGUCGCUGUGCGAGGCACGUCAUGCGCGGCAGGGAGGCGACGACGGCGUGGAAGCCGCUGAGGACACUGACUCGGUGCGUGGGACGCAGGCAGUCCGGUUCAUGGUUCUCGGUCAGGUGGUGUACCUCUCGCCUGACUGCACCGUGGAGCAAGCGAAGCUGAGACCAGGUUCCACCAUCAAGGUGCCUCCUUCUGCUACUGCUGCUGCUGCUGCUGCUGCUGCUGCUGCUGCUGCUGCUGCUGCUGCUGCUGCUGCUGCUGCUGCUGCUGCUGCUGCUACUGCUGCUGCUGCUGCUGCUGCUGCUGCUGCUGCUGCUGCUGCUGCUGCUGCUGCUGCUGCUGCUGCUGCUGCUGCUGCUGCUGCUGCUGCUGCUGCUGCUCUCCCUCCUGCUGCACCAAUUGUUGCAGUUGUUGCUGCUCAAGCUGCUGAAGCUGCGGCUGCUCCACAUACUGCUGCUGCUCCAAUCACAAGUGCUGCUGCACCAAUCACUGCUGCUGCUGCACCUAGAACUUCUACAGUCGAUUACAGCAAGUGGGACCACAUCGGCUCCAGCAGCGACGAGGAGGAGGGCAAGGAGGAGGGCGAGGACACGAAGCCGAGCGGAGAUUUACCAGGGAGUGGCUCAUCCUGCGGUGGGGGUCUUUCGGAAUUCAAGAAGGAGAUUUGGCGUGGUCGGCAGGAGGUAUUGAGGCGGUGGAAUUCUCACAUGCAGGCGGUUACACAGAGCGCGGGGGGGAUAGGGGGAAUGGGAGCUCAGGAAGCACCGGGGAAGCCUCAAGUGCUGUGUCAGGCGGACAUGGUUCAUUACCUGGACGUGCAUGGCUGGUGGGACGCGGCUGAGUGCGAGUGCUGCUUCAACCAAGUGGUUAGUCUUGGGGCAGAGCGUGCUCUCACCAUGCAGAGCCUUGACCUCUUCCAAUCGCUCCUGCACGUGGAGCAGCCUCGCGCCACCCCCCUUGCACACCUGGACGUGGUCAACAGGGGCGUGCUGGAGUAUUCCUUUGAAGUCCCAGCGUUUGGGAAGCAAGAGGAGGAGGAGGAGCCUCUUGCGCAGUUCAUGUGCAAGUGCACUCUUGCCCCGUUCGUCUGUGCGGAAGUGAUGGUGCUCGAGUGGAUGGCUGAGCCUCGUGUGGGCGUGCUCAUGGACCUGGGGAGGAUCAGAUCCCGCCUGCCUGCAGCCUUGGUGGCCCAGCUGGGGGCGGGCAGGCAGGAGGAGCAGGACCAUGCUGCGUCCAUGCUGGUGCAGGUGGUGGGGGUGAAGGAGAGUGCUGAUCUGCAGGAAGGGUUUGGGUUCUUCGUGCAGCAUGUGCUGUCAAUCAAGCUGCCUGGGAAAGGAGCACGUGGGGGGCCGGAGCACCGCAAGCUGGGAGCCAUGUUCUUCGCAGGGUCCAAUAGCACCAGCAGCAGCAGCAUGGUGGAAGAUGCUGCCAUCACGGAGGCCAGGGGGAGGCUCACACAGCAGGGGCUGGCAACAGGGAUGAAAGGGGGAGGGGCAAGAGGAGGAGGACUCAGGACAGCAGCAGCAGCGGCACCAACGAAAGGGCGUCCAGCUUCAAAGGCGGCUGCUGCCUCAGCCCGAGGCAGACCAACCCUCAGUAGUAGCAGUGGAUCAACCGGCAGCGGUGGCACGUUCAAUUCUUGUACCAAAGGAUCCCGUGAGUCUUGCCUCGUGCCUGUCAACACAGACCCUACUCUUGGGCUGCUCACAUAUCGGGUUGCCUGCAUCUUGCAGUGGCUUCGGAUCUAUGGCUCAGAUUUCAUCUCCUCCAAGAGCUGCUUCAAGGACCGCCCGCAGGGCAAGGUCCUGCUCAUGCACCACCCGCUUCGUGAUCUUCCGAGCCUGCUGGUCAGGGCAGACGUGGACUUGAUCCUGGAGUUCGCCAGUGUGCUCUUCGUGCGACCGGCAUGUGCCGACUGCAGCCGCUGCAUCACCAUCUUCACCUCCCACGUCACUGUUGUCGCUUUCAUCGCCACCUACGCCUUCCGCCCCGCUGCCGCCCUCGUCCACCGCUUCGUCUCUGUUUUCCCGCCGCACACGGAUGAGUAUCGCAACAUUUUCACCAGCCUGCGGCUGCAUGCUCCGUAUGGCUGCGUGCGCGCGCUGCAGGAAGGGGUGGAGGAGGUACCCAUCCUCUUCCUGCUCACCCUUGCCCUUCAUCACUCCACGGCUCUCCUCCCGCAAAGUGGGGCUGAAGGGGAGCGGGAUUCCAAGGCUGGUGGGGGCAGCAAUGGGGCGAAAGACAAGGCGGGCAGGAGGAGUGCGAGGAAUGGGGACAGUGGAGAGGGAGGGGAGGGUGGAGAGAGUGGGAGGGGUGAGGGUCACUCAGGGGGGAGGGGAGGGGAAGAGGGGGGUGAGGGUGAUCGUGGGGAUGUGUGGGAGGAGGUGCAGUCGUGGUUCGAGGUGGCAAUGCUUCCUGCUGCAAGUACAGGGGCUGACAGGCCUGCAUGCAGCGGCAGCCAGUCAAGGGAGUAUGGUACUCCCGAGCACGCGGAGAGGGUGAUGCAGGUGUCUCAGUGGUCUGCCGUGCCCAGAUUCCGUGAAGACAUGAAGCACCAGGAUGGCCCUGCCAUUGCCCUUGCUAGUAUCUGCAGCAAGCGGAAGGGCAAGAAGGGGGAGGAGGUGGCUUAUUUGAAGGCAUGGCCAGGGGGAGUCAAUCUGGUGGCAUGUCUGGGAGAGAUGCUGCUGAGGGAGCCGGCGGAGGGUGACGGAGUGAAGCUGAGGAGGUGCAGUGGGUGCGGCAAGGUGGCGUAUUGCAGCAGAGAGUGCCAAAAGGCGCACUGGCCCUCCCACCAGCUCACAUGCCCUGGAAGGACCAACACGAAGAAGCGUGGGACGAGGAGUAAGGUGAGGGGUAAAGUGAGUGGUAAGGUGAGUGGUAAGAUGAGUGGUAAGGUGAGUGGUAAGGUGAGUGGUAAGGUGAGGAGGGGUAAGGUGAGGGGUAAUGUGAGGGGUAAGGUGGGUGGUAAGGUGAGUGGUAAGGUGAGUGGUAAGGUGAGUGGUAAGGUGGGUGGUAAGGUGAGUGGAAAGGUGAGUGGUAAGGUGAGUGGAAAGGUGAGUGGUAAGGUGACUGGAAAGGUGAGUGGUAAGGUGAGUGGUAAGGUAAGUGACAAGGUGAUGGGUAAGGUGAGUGGUAAGGUGGGUGGUAAGGUGGGUGGUAAGGUGAGUGGUAAGGAGAGUGGUAAGGUGGGUGGUAAGGUGGGUGGUAAGGUGGGUGGUAAGGUGAGUGGUAAGGUGAGUGGUAAGGUGAGUGGUAAGGUGAGUGGUAAGGUGAGUGGUAAGGUGAGUGAUAAGGUGAGUGAUAAGGUGAGUGGUAAGGUGGGUGGUAAGGUGAGUGGUAAGGUGGGUGGUAAGGUGAGUGGUAAGGUGAGUGGUAAGGUGGGUGGUAAGGUGAGUGGAAAGGUGAGUGGUAAGGUGAGUGGAAAGGUGAGUGGUAAGGUGAGUGGAAAGGUGAGUGGUAAGGUGAGUGGUAAGGUAAGUAACAAGGUGAUGGGUAAGGUGAGUGGUAAGGUGGGUGGUAAGGUGGGUGGUAAGGUGAGUGGUAAGGAGAGUGGUAAGGUGGGUGGUAAGGUGGGUGGUAAGGUGGGUGGUAAGGUGAGUGGUAAGGUGAGUGGUAAGGUGAGUGGUAAGGUGAGUGGUAAGGUGAGUGGUAAGGUGAGUGGUAAGGUGAGUGGUAAGGUGAGUGGUAAGGUGAGUGGUAAGGUGAGUGGUAAGGUGAGUGGUAAGGUGAGUGGUAAGGUGAGUGGUAAGGUGAGUGGUAAGGUGAGUGGUAAGGUGAGUGGUAAGGUGAGUGGUAAGGUGAGUGGUAAGGUGAGUGGUAAGGUGAGUGGUAAGGUGAGUGGUAAGGUGAGUGGUAAGGUGAGUGGUAAGGUGAGUGGUAAGGUGAGUGGUAAGGUGAGUGGUAAGGUGAGUGGUAAGGUGAGUGGUAAGGUGAGUGGUAAGGUGAGUGGUAAGGUGAGUGGUAAGGUGAGUGGUAAGGUGAGUGGUAAGGUGAGUGGUAAGGUGAGUGGUAAGGUGAGUGGUAAGGUGAGUGGUAAGGUGAGUGGUAAGGUGAGUGGUAAGGUGAGUGGUAAGGUGAGUGGUAAGGUGAGUGGUAAGGUGAGUGGUAAGGUGAGUGGUAAGGUGAGUGGUAAGGUGAGUGGUAAGGUGAGUGGUAAGGUGAGUGGUAAGGUGAGUGGUAAGGUGAGUGGUAAGGUGAGUGGUAAGGUGAGUGGUAAGGUGAGUGGUAAGGUGAGUGGUAAGGUGAGUGGUAAGGUGAGUGGUAAGGUGAGUGGUAAGGUGAGUGGUAAGGUGAGUGGUAAGGUGAGUGGUAAGGUGAGUGGUAAGGUGAGUGGUAAGGUGAGUGGUAAGGUGAGUGGUAAGGUGAGUGGUAAGGUGAGUGGUAAGGUGAGUGGUAAGGUGAGUGGUAAGGUGAGUGGUAAGGUGAGUGGUAAGGUGAGUGGUAAGGUGAGUGGUAAGGUGAGUGGUAAGGUGAGUGGUAAGGUGAGUGGUAAGGUGAGUGGUAAGGUGAGUGGUAAGGUGAGUGGUAAGGUGAGUGGUAAGGUGAGUGGUAAGGUGAGUGGCCAUGGCACUCACUUCCUGCUCUAUGCUUACUUCCUGCUCUAUGCUCACUUCCUGCUCUAUGCUCACUUCCUGCUCUAUGCUCACUUCCUGCUCUAUGCUCACUUCCUGCUCUAUGCUCACUUCCUGCUCUAUGCUCACUUCCUGCUCUAUGCUCACUUCCUGCUCUAUGCUCACUUCCUGCUCUAUGCUCACUUCCUGCUCUAUGCUCACUUCCUGCUCUAUGCUCACUUCCUGCUCUAUGCUCACUUCCUGCUCUAUGCUCACUUCCUGCUCUAUGCUCACUUCCUGCUCUAUGCUCACUUCCUGCUCUAUGCUCACUUCCUGCUCUAUGCUCACUUCCUGCUCUAUGCUCACUUCCUGCUCUAUGCUCACUUCCUGCUCUAUGCUCACUUCCUGCUCUAUGCUCACUUCCUGCUCUAUGCUCACUUCCUGCUCUAUGCUCACUUCCUGCUCUAUGCUCACUUCCUGCUCUAUGCUCACUUCCUGCUCUAUGCUCACUUCCUGCUCUAUGCUCACUUCCUGCUCUAUGCUCACUUCCUGCUCUAUGCUCACUUCCUGCUCUAUGCUCACUUCCUGCUCUAUGCUCACUUCCUGCUCUAUGCUCACUUCCUGCUCUAUGCUCACUUCCUGCUCUAUGCUCACUUCCUGCUCUAUGCUCACUUCCUGCUCUAUGCUCACUUCCUGCUCUAUGCUCACUUCCUGCUCUGCGCUCACUCACGCGGUUGA